AUGGCUCUCGCCAUGCAGUCCACCAUGUCUUCGGCGCAGGACGCCGAUCUGAUGGACAUCGACAUCGAUAUGGAUCUCGGUGAACAUGUCACAACCCUUGACGAAGAGUUCCAGCUCGAAGAAGGCGAAGAACCAUCUUUUGUACCAACAGGCGCGCAAGUCGCUCAAGCAAAUUCGGACCUAAUACCUGCCAUCUACACCGAGGACCCUGGUCUCGAGCCCCAGUGGAAUAAAGUUCACAUUCGAGGUGUUGAUGAUCUUCACACUCGAGACAUCGUAACAUUCGCUCAUGAUCACUUUGGCUCGGAUCAAGCUGAGAAACCUGAGGUGUACAUCCAAUGGGUUGACGAUACAUCCGCCAACAUCUGUUUCAAGGAUAGCGAGACGGCGAAAAACGCACAUCUUGCGUUCCUCCAACGCCCCAUCUCCGCCCAAGAACUCAUCAACGCCCCCUUCGAACUUCGCACCGCCAAACCUCUCACCACCAGACCGGCCAGUAUGCUUGUGGUUCGAGUCGCGCAAGCUCAAGACCGGAAAGCAAAGAAUGCAAGAGACGCCAGCCGAUACUACCUCCUUCAUCCAGAUCAAGACCCCACCGACCGGAUGCGGCGCGAGUUCGCCAACAGUCGAGGAGGGGGGAGAAGUGACAAUGGCGACUACAGACGUCGACGCUUCGAUGAUCGCGAGUACAGGAGAAGGAGAGAUAACGACCAUGACGCAGGCGGGGAAGAUUUUUCGGCAAACAUGUACGAUGACGCUCCAGCCACCGAUGGUGAGCCCACAGCACGCGGCAGGGACCUAUUCUCUCGUGUCAGCAAAGGGAGAAGACGAAGUGCCAGCCCUACGGCCAGAACCCGGAACAGCGAUGAAAUCGACAUCUCCGACUCCGAAGACGACCGCACCCAAAGGCGACGCACCAACAACGGCUAUCGAGACCGCACGGACCGCUCAUCCCGCAACAACGCAGGCAAAGAGCUGUUCGGCGACUCCGGCACCACGACUCGCAAAUCGCAACCCGGCAGCGGCGGUCUACACUCAGAUCGCAUAGAACUCUUCCCCUCCAAAGCCAGCACAAACACGCACCUCGACACCGACACAUCCAUGACGACAACCCCGUCGCGCCCACAAAACGACCCAGCCAACGUGCGCGCCAACGCCGCGGCCGCCAAACGCCUGAAAGCAGACCUCCUCAACGCCGCGCAGACUAGCCCACGCGGGGGCGGCCACCACCGGCGCAGCCACGCCAUGGACGCGAAGAACGCCGAAGACCUCGCGGAGCGGUUCGGGCGCAAGAGCAUCUCCCUCGACAGCACGAAAUCGCUGCGCAAUAAUCUGCCCAACAGUGGAGUGGAAUUGUUCCCAUCCGAGGGUGGCGGCGGGGGUGGAGGACUGAACAUCAAAGGCUCAGCCGGCAAUGGGAAUGGGAAUAGCAACGGAAACGGAAACGGCAACGGCUUCAACAUCAAAGGCUCAGGCGGCCUGAGCAUCAAAGGCCGCGCGGACGUCAAGGAGCUGUUCCCUGGCCAGUAUGACCGGUCUGGAGGAAAUGCGGGUAAAGAGCUGUUUGAUCAGCCGGUGCGUGAGCGCCGACAACGGAGGCAGGCGCGCGACCUAUUCGAUUAA